UGUAAGUAAGUGUUGCUUUGAGAUAGAUUUCUAUCUUAUCUAUGGGGAGAUUAAGGUUUUUAGUAUUAUCAAUAUCAUUAUCAUUAAUGAUUAAUGCAGUGGUGGGUACUACUGAUGAACAGUCAUCGUCAUCCUUCAAAGACUGCUACACAAAGUGUUUCAUUUUCUGCAUGAUCGAGCCCUCUCAGACCCUCUGUUCUUGCACCACCCACUGCCUAAAAGAUUGCAUUUUUGGAUCUGGAUCUGGAUCAGGAUCAAUCCCCAAUUCUGAUAAUGAUCAUCAACACAACCUGCAGCUAGGCAAAUUCUGCAAACUCGGCUGUGCCUUUUCCAUCUGCUCUGCUUUCACCACCAAACACAACCCCGACGGAGAUCGAGUCGCUAGCUGCGUCGGAUCAUGCUCGAAUAGGUGCGCAGCCGGUUAUCACCCAUCACUAUCGGAGUUGCCGUAGAACAACUUAAUUGUUUUAAAUUCUAAGGAUGUUCUUUGAUCCGGAAGUUGUUCUACUAUUUCACAACUACUUAUUUUAUUAGUAUGGAUUCAAACCCCCAAUGCCUCCAG